AUGUCGAUGUUCAAGACGGCCCAGAAUGUCCGCGCAGUGGUAACUCUUUUCCACAACCCAAACAUUGCCAAGAGCCGCAAUCUGCUCAAUUACAUUGAGAAAACCUAUCCUGACAAUGCCAGCCGGCGUUUUGAUUUCGAGGUGAACGAUCGCCAACCGACUAAGGAGCAACUAACCCAUUUGGAGCGCCUAGCUCCGAAAUAUCGCAAGGAAUUCGAAGCCGAGGGAAUCCCGCGGCCCACGCUGGUUGAUUGGUUCAAUGGCAAGAUUGCUGUCGACAACGAGUCAUCCGCGAAGGAGAUUCUGGAGGAAAUUAAGUAG